CGGAGAGAGGAGGGAAGAAGGAGAGAGAUCGGAGUGCGCUGACUAUGAAGACUUAGAUUAGGGAGAAUUAGUCUUUUUCCUGCAAAGACCGCGAGGCUGCGUCUUCGCAAUCACAAAACGGUACUUGUUAAAAUCCAGCAUAACCGCGCAGUGAGGAAUUUGCGAGCUUUUAAAAACAAAAGUCGCGCUCCCGGUGCGCCUCGUAGUCUCCGCACUCAGACAUCCUUGAUGAGCGCAGAGCUUCAGCACCUGAGGAGAGGACAGCUCCGCUGUGUCUGUUUCUCCGGACCUCCGGUACAAAAACUGCUGCGGUUUCCAAUGUCUACACUUCCAGACUGACACUCUGCCCGCUUCAAGGCUGGAAGUGUGAAGAUCCGCCAACGGAGAGAUCCGCGACUGUGCGCUCAAUAUGUACCAGGGGCAUUUACAGGGGAAAGACUCUAGGGCUGCAGAUAAGACUGUUGCCAUGGUCCUGAAGGAGAUACCAAGUAAGGCGUCAUCAGAAGGGAAGCCCCUCCUCACAGUGACAACCAAGCUGGUGAGCGAGCAACAAGAAAGUCGGCCACUACUGAGCCCUUCAAUCGACGAUUUCCUGUGCGAGACCAAGUGUGAUGGGGUUUCCCGCCCAGUGACUUCCAACACAGCCGUUCUGUCUUCAACACUGGACCUGCUAGAUCUCAGUGAACCUGGUGAAAGGAGGAACAGCAAGGACAGCAAGUCUUCCCGCGGCAACAGCCAGAAGAACAUCUCGCACAAGAAAAAAACUGAUGAGACAGAGCUGAUCCAGGUGGAAGCUGAACAGACAGGACCAAGCAUGCGAACCCCAGAGAGGCGAUCCAUCGACUCAGUUACCAUUGGUUCAUUGGAUAAAUGGGAAGAGCUGAAUCCCAACCCUGAAAGAAAUGGCAACAGAAAAUGGAAGUUGGAGAGACGACGUUCUUCAAAAAACUCAUCUAAUGAGCUUCUGUGGUCCAUAGACUGUAAAAUCCAGUCAGACUCAUCAAAUAAGAACACCUUGGAAACAAAUACCAAAGUCGAGCCAGAGUCUGCCCUCGCAUCACAACUCAACAGGCAGUAUAUUAGUGGAAGACAUGCUCGCCUAACAAAAGAGCAGCGCUGGGGAAGCGCCCUCCUGUCCAGACAUCAGUCACUGGAGGAGGAGUUUGAGCGAGCCAAAGCUGCUGUUGAGUCGGAUACUGAGUUCUGGGACAAGAUGCAGGCGGAGUGGGAGGAGCUGGCACGGCGAAACUGGCUGACAGAAAACGAGCAGGCGCAGAUUCCCUCCAGUGUAUCUCCACACGAGAAGGGUUACUACUUCCACACAGAUAAUCCUUAUAAGGACUUGCCUAAUGCUUUUGAGGAGGGACUAAAGAAAUGUCGCGAGGGAGACCUGCCAAACGCAGUGCUUUUGCUGGAAGCAGCCGUCUUACAGGACCCCCAUGACUCAGAGGCCUGGCAAGUGUUGGGGACCACACAGGCUGAAAAUGAGAAUGAGCAGGCAGCAAUUGUCUCCCUCCAAAGGUGUUUGGAGCUCCACCCAAAUAACCUAUUGGCCCUCAUGGCUCUGGCAGUGAGCCUGACCAACACUGGUAUGCGUCAUGAUGCCUGUGAGGCCUUGCUUCGAUGGCUGAGACACAAUCCUAAGUACAAGCACUUGCUGAAAGGCAAGAACCACCUGAUGGGAUCCCCAAACUCUCAGCGCAGGAUGUCUUACGCUCACAACAUGACCGGCUCGCUGCUACCAGAGGUCAAGGAGCUCUUCCUGGAAGCUGUUCAGCACAACUCUGACAGCAUUGACCCAGAUUUGCAGACAGGCCUCGGGGUGCUUUUCAAUCUCAGCGGAGAGUUCAACAAAGCUGUAGAGGCCUUCAACACGGCCUUGUCAGUACGACCUGAGGACUACUUGUUAUGGAACCGGCUGGGAGCCACACUGGCAAACGGUGAUCGGAGCGAGGAGGCAGUGGAGGCUUACACGAGAGCCCUUGAGCUACAUCCAGGGUUUAUCAGGUCCCGCUACAACCUGGGCAUCAGCUGUAUCAACCUGGGGGCACACAGAGAGGCGGCCAGUAACUUCCUGACUGCCUUAAGUCUUCAGAGGAAAAGCCGAAGUCGCCAGCAGUCCCACCAGGUGAUGUCUGGAAACAUCUGGGCAGCUCUGAGGAUAGCUUUAUCCAUGAUGGACCAGCCCGAGCUCUUCCAAGCUGCAAACAUUGGUGACUUGGAUCUUCUCAUUCGGGCCUUUAACUUAGACAUUUGAGGAAGGGGAACCAUCUUCUCCAUCUCUUAUUCUUUCAUUUCGAACCUACAGCCAAAAGCCCAAAGUGCGCAUGUCAGCAUUGACGUAUGUUCAAGACAAUAGCGUGUUCUUAUGAACAUAAAUAAUUUAACUGCAGUCAUGAAAAUGGUCAUAUUUUCUGCCCUUUAGCACCUUGGAUCAGUUUUGAGGGCCUCUUCUUGGAGUGAUGACUUUAUGAUGGAAUUUGCACUGCAAUUUGUGAUUUCCCCAAAGAGCACAAGGACGGGCAAAGAUUGUACGAGCAAUGCCUUAGAGAACACAUCAAUUAAAAACUGACUCAUCCAGUGGAACAGAGCUUAGCCAGGACAGUUUUAAGACUCCCACAUAGAAACCUUCACAAGCUGUCCGCAGCAAAAAGAUGAGGACUGGAGAGAGAAACUAUUGAUUUGAGAUUGCCUCCACCUCCAGAAGCAUGGAUUUCACACAACUUGGAGCUUCACAUUCUGUUCCUGGCUUCUUCUUAUCCCUUGUAAAUGGAGAGUUAUAAUACUGCAUGUAUAAGCAUUUUCAGAAAUGGAUACUUGUUUCAAAAUAACCAAUUUGUAGAAGUUUUCCCUUUGCACUUCAGCCUAAUAGAUGACUUCCUUAAUCCAAGUGGAAUGUGUAAGCCAGGUUGUAAAGCCUUACUCAGAUGCAUGCGACCAACAAUAUUUAUUUAUACUAUUUUUAUGGCAAUACUAAAACAUUAAGCCAUGUCCUGACUGGUUUUUAUUUCAUUAUACAACUGCUGUCUUUUGAACUUGAAAGUUUUUGAGCUAAUAAUUUUUUAUUUAUUUAUCUAUUUAUUUAUUUAUGGUUUUGGCUCUCAGCUUCUGUUUGUUCCCUUUAUGCUGACUGGCUGGUAUCACUGAUCUGUAAAACCAACAUUAUUAUUUUUUUUUUAUUAUUUAUUUAUUUAUUUUUUUUUUACUUUGUCAAAAGUUGUUAAAUGUUUGAGAAUAUCUGUCAUUCUCCUCUUCAAAUGUAUGGGAUUAAUUCAGGGGCUCCAAACUACUGGUGUACACGUCAUAGCUUAGUUUUUAUUUUUGCUGAGUGCAUUCAUUUUAAUGCAGUAUGAUUCCAUUUCAUUAGAAGAUGUGUAGUUUGAAGCCAAGACCAGAGACGGCAGCUUGGUGAAUUUCCUAAUGCAGGCAUUUGUAUCUGCUGUGCCUCCACAUUUAAUUAAAUCUGUUUGCCUCAGCCAUGAUGCAUGAUUUAAAUAUUUCCGUUAGGUCUGGCUGAAUAAUGCACAUAAAUGAAAAAGACUUGUUGUUUAUUUUUAUUAAUAUGCAUCUGCAGGAAAUAUUCUUGUAUGAAAUGUAGUGCUUCUCAUCCUGCAGAUACAUUUUCCGCACCAUCUUGAAGCUCUGUUUUAUAAACAUGCUUUUUAGCUGACUGCCUCUUGUGCGUCACAGUUGCUAGUUUGAAAGUCACUCUGUGAACUGAACAUCAUGUUCCUUGACGUGCAGCCGAGUAAAUGAUAGAUAAUCUGCUGUACUGUAGAGCUCAGCACACUUCGGUCUUUAUCAGGUGUGUCCACAGCCUGGGUGUGCUGUAGAAAGUGUGUUUUAUUGUAGGCUUCUAUGCAAAAGGUCAUAUUUCAUGUUGCCAUUCUGAAAUGUCGGUUUGUCCCUGUCUGCCUCAGUGGGCCAAAGGAAGGUGUUGAUUGUGUGUUUUCGAAAGAAUGCUAUCACAGGGGACCAGAGGCCAAUAUGAGAGCCAUUCAUCUUCCAAACUGUGUGGUUGGGAUGUCACAAUCUCUUAAGAAGAAGUGUUUCAUCAGGAAACUGGAGGACAAUAAACAUCAUCCACCUAAAGUGCAACCUUUUCCUUUUACAAAUCUGUUGCAUAAUAAUGUGUAUUUGUGACCUCAGAUGCAACCACCAAAUUCACUGCCAUACAUAUUUGCUUACACUGCAUUUGUUUUGGUUUGUAUUCACUCUACCCUUUCAAAAGGAAGCAGCUUGAAAACCAGAGCUGCUGUCAGUCUUUUAAGCACCAGCACAAGGACCAAUAAGAUAAUGUUUAAGGUUGAAAAUUAUGAGCAUCUAUGGCAGACAGUAUAUUUUAAAAAAUGUCAAGGAUUUUGUGGAUAACCAAGAGGUUUUACCGAUUAAGGAUGUGCUGAAACAGAUCAGUUGCAUGCCACUAAUAGUUAUUGGGGGGGUUGGCAGUGGACUGGUGAAGGCAACAUGGUCAUUGGAGGUGCAACUUUAUUCACUCAGAUUUGAAUGAUAUUCAGUACAUCCUGCUAUCUGGUUUAGUAAUAAUUAUCUGAAAAGAAAAACCAAGUAAGUUAUUUUUAGCAGUGCUUGUGAAAUGGCCCAACCAAUAGCAAGGGGACUUUAUUAAAUGACAUCAUCACAAAUCAAAUUUAUACAACCCACUGGUUAGGUUGGAAGCAGAACGUACAUCUAGGGAGGUAGAUUUUAAAGAGAUGGGGCCUAAAACAGACAUUUCAGAUAAGGUGCUUCAAUGUACAGUGUGAGAAAAAAAAAGAAAAAAAAUAUUAAGCAUUCAAACAUUUAGCUUAAGGCUUUAGCUUAAGGGAGAGUAAGUACACGUCCACACAUCUACGAGUAUUUUGACAAACAUAUAUUUUUCUUUGUGUUUUACACCUUUCAUCAAUAAGCAAAUGUCGUUCUGGAGCACUGAGAACGGAUUUUUGGGAUUUGCGAGAAGUGAUCAUUUCUUUAGUCAAUCUUCUGAUUGACCAGCAUGGCCUCAGGAGCUAGGAGGGAUCACCACCUUUUGGUUUGGCCCCUGGCAGUGUUUUGAUCAUUUCUGUGUGUUUUCAUGUGGAGAGAGAUUUUAUUUUCAGGAAAAACUUUGUGUUUUUAAUUGUUUUGGAAAAAAAAUCUCUGUUUUGCAACAUACCCAUGUGUGAGCAUGAGCAUCAUAUGAGCUCUUUUACAUUCAGCAUCACUGAUGAGAGGUAUUGUUUCUCUAAUGACCUAUUAAAUUACUUCAGUUUUCCCCAAAACUGCUAAGAUGCCAUCGCCCAAUCUCAGUUUGUGGCAGUAGUGCUGGUGGUUCUAAAAAUAACUCCAUGCUUUACUUAAACAUCAGUUUAAGUGUUUAAAGGUUGUUGUUGUUGUUUGUUUUUUUGUUUUUUUGUCAGUUAACUUGCAUCAUCUACUAAUUAUCUCGAAUGUUAUUUUAUGUUAUUUGUUGGUGGAAUAAGCUCAAAGAGCCUCCAGGGUUUAGAUGUUUGCCUUUUUUUUUUUUUUUUUUUUUUUUACAGCUGCACAAGUUUCUUCUUACAUCUUUUGACAGUGAGACUCUUUACAGUCACAUACAGUGUUAUUGCUUAUGCUUCUGACAAAAGGCACAAAUCAUCACCAUGUUUGUUGAGCACAGUCUACCAUCCAAAUGUUCAUUUUUGCACAUGCAAAAUAAACCUACAUCCAUCUUUAUCUGUAUCCUGGUAAAAUAUCCAAAAGAUUCUGUCAGGCCAUCAUAAAAACAUCAUCUGGUCUCACAUCAUCCUUUCUGUCAACACAGCUGCAGAAAACAUGUCUAGUAACUUCGUUAUUUCCUAAUCAAAUCCAGUUUUUUUUACCUGGUUUUAGGCCUUUGCUGUUUUGCUUUUCAAAAUGCAGUUGAUGUGUUGAAAAUGAAAACAAAUAUUUAUUUUUCUAAAGGGAAGUUGAAAUUGCCAGCUUGAAGUCUAAACGUCUACUGUAUACAUCACAGUUUUAGUGCAUUGAUAGGAUGGCUGGUCAAAUUUUAUUUAUGUAGAGCAAACUGCUGUAUUCUUCUCAGGUGAACUGACUUGGCUUAACGCAUGCUCUUGAGGACAAGCUUGAGGCUGAUUGCAUGUGAGAUUGUCUGUUUAUUUCCUUUUUUUAGGUAUUUUAUUUUUUAUGCAUGUUAGUGCUUCUUUUCUGCUCCCACUAAUAUAUAUAAAUUAAGCAUAUAAUGAAGUUUCCUUGCAAUAUUUCUACAAUCCACUGCAACCUUGAUAUGAAGUAAUGUAUAUAUUCAGUAUUUAUUCAACAGAAAAUAUUGUUUCUUGCAUAGAACAGGCAACGUGUGCAAGGCUCAAGCAAAGAAGAGAACAUAGGGAAUAACACAUUUAAUCUCUUCUCAGCGUAUGUGAGCUUAAGUUCUGAACACACAGUAGGACAGUUAUAUCCUGUAGAAAUUUUGUAAUUGCAACUUCUACAAAUUGUGAACACACUGGUAACCACUGCAGGAGCCCCCAACCUAUGAAACUUUCCAGCUAAUAUUACAGCAUUUGCCUAUUGAAUACUUUCUACACCAAUGCUUUUAAUGUCUGCAAACAUCUCUGCUACUGUUGUGUUAAAAUAUAGUUUAGAAAUAAUUAUUUGGUUUAAAAAAUACACUCAGUGAGGGCUGGGCAAUAUAUCGAGAUUUUUUCAAACAUAUUGAGACUUUUUCACUGGCGACAUAGAAUGAGGGAAUAUUGUUUAUACUGUGAUAGCGUGUUUUGAGUUAAAAGUAUGUUUUUGUUUUGCAUUUUGCACCACUGUAUUUUUGUUAUGGUCAUUGAAAAGUGUUUUUCAUUUAUUUUGUUUUAAGAGCAUUUAAUAAAGCUACAUUAAUUUCAGUCAACUGUUUUAAUGCACACAAGCUGCUGAUCCUUAAUAAAAGUGCAUUUAGCACCCAAGGCUGUAAAUUCAAACUUUCUCUUUGGUACCUUAACAAAAAAAUUAUAUUGCGAUAUAAAUCGCAUAUCGUGAUUCAGGUAAGAAAUAUCGAGAUAUGAAAUUUGGUUCAUAUCGCCCAGCCCUUCCUACAAUCGGUACCACUUUGUCACGGUUUUGCUCAUAAUUGAUGAUAUUAUGUGGUAAUCUUCCAUGUGCUCAUUUCUCUGAUGUCAAAAUGUUUUUAGCUGCAUCAUAGGUUGGGGUUCAUGAUGGUUAUUAAUCCAUGUUGUGUACCUUUUUCCUCUCACUUCUUUAAUUCAAUGUGUAUCAAAAGGAUUUGUCCUGGUUUAUUUAUCAAUGUAUGAAAACACAUAUGUAAACAAAUGCUAUUUUGAUGGAUGAUAUUAGAAAAUUAUAUACUUUAUAUACAGCCAUUUAUUUAUUAACACACCUACUAUAAACAAUAUUACUCUCCCUGUAUAACCACAAGGAAAGCAUUAGCACCUUUGAAAUGUACAUUAUGAAAGCAACCUUUUAAAAUAAAUUCUUGUUAUAUAUU